CGGAACCCCUUGUGGAGUUGUCGCGCGGGCCGCGAGUCGCAGCGCGCCGCCUUCUCCGCGGAGACCCCUGGCGGGCGGACUGCGGACCUCCGGGGAUGAACCGCUUCCUGCUGCCUGCGUCCGCGCUGGGCGCAGCGGUGGGUGGCGUCGUGCUGUUCAAGGACUAUGUCACGGGUGGGCUUUGUCCCAGCAAGGCCACCAUACCUGGGAAGACAGUCAUUGUGACAGGGGCCAACACAGGCAUUGGGAAGCAGACUGCCUUGGAACUGGCUAGAAGAGGAGGCAAGAUCAUCUUGGCCUGCCGUGACAUGGACAAGUGUGAAGCAGCGGCCAGGGACAUUCGUGGGGAGACGCUCAACCAUCGUGUGAGCGCCUGGCACUUGGACCUGGCUUCCCUCAGAUCCAUCCAAGAGUUUGCAGUGAAGGUCACUGAGAAGGAGGAGCGAGUGGACAUUCUCAUUAACAAUGCGGCCGUGAUGCGGUGCCCACACUGGACCACUGAGGAUGGCUUCGAGAUGCAGUUUGGUGUCAACUAUCUGGGUCACUUUCUCCUAACUAACCUGCUGAUGGACAAGCUGAAAGCCUCAGCCCCCUCCCGUGUCAUCAACCUCUCAUCCCUGGCCCACAUUGCCGGGCACAUAGACUUCGAUGACCUGAACUGGCAGAAGAGGAAAUACAACACCAAAGAAGCCUACUGCCAGAGCAAGCUAGCCGUAGUCCUCUUCACCAAGGAGCUGAGCCGGCAGCUACAAGGCACAGGCGUGACUGCCAAUGCCCUGCACCCUGGCGUGGCCAGGACAGAGCUGGGCCGGCACACGGGCAUGCACAAGUCUGCCUUCUCCAGCUCCCUGCUUGGGCCCUUCUUCUGGCUGCUCUUCAAGAGCCCCCAGCUGGCGGCCCAGCCCAGCACAUACCUGGCCGUGGCAGAGGAGCUGGAGGGCGUUUCCGGAAAAUACUUUGAUGGAUUCAAAGAGAAGGUGCCAGCCCCUGAGGCCGAAGACGAGGAAGUAGCUUGGAGGCUUUGGGCUGAAAGUGCCCGCUUGGUGGGCUUGGAUGUGUCCCAUUGGUCCCCUGGGAGGGGACAGGUCCAGUCCAGGUGACUUCCACUGGGUCUGACCCAGGACAGACCUGUGGCAACACUGCCAUCCUCCUCCAGGGGGCACGGCAGCAGUGAGGUGAGCCAGCCUUCCGGCUGGAGAUGCUGCUGUGCUCCCGCUUUGUCCUCUUGGGGCAGUGUUGGUUCUGUCCUAUCUGGCCCAGUGGUUUAGACUGCAGGUGGGUGCCGGCUGGCUGGUGUGUGCCCUGCUGACAUCUGAAGGGGAGGAGGCCCCUCAGGUGGCAGGGGCUGGGGUGGUGGACUCCUGUGUGGCCUCCAGCACCUUCUCUGAACUGGGGCUCUGCAGAACAAGUGUGGAGAGCUUGAGGUCUGACUGCAGGUGUGGUGAAGGGAGCUGGCAUCCAUGGGCAUCAUGCCCAGGCCCCGCUGUUCUGGCCCAGGGCCUGGGUUCCUAAAGGAGGUGGACGCAGACCCAGCCUGGUACCACAGGGCCCCCAGGACCACAGGGACUGAAACCCAUGUUUGCCCCGUGGCGGGCCGCGAUCACGACCUCCUUCCAGUUCCUGUGGUUGCUCCAACCUCAGACUUCAUUUUUAGUAAUAAAAAUCCCCAAGGUGU